AUGGCAAGCAAUACGGUUUUGGCCAUGUUCAAGACGCUGACAGAAAAAGUAGACAACAUGGAGAUCAACCUUCAUACUAAGUUGUUAUCGGCAAUGGAUGCAGCAAUUGAUACAAAGGUUAAGGCUCUACUAGCUCCCUUCACUGAAAAACUUGUUACAUUAGAGAAGGAGAUCGAAAAGCUGCGAGAAAAAAAUGUACCUGCAGAUCCAAAAGAAGCUGCCAAUUCCAAUGCUAAUACUAAUGAAGAAGUGACAAGUAAAGAUAUGUCUUGGAUGGUUCAGAUGAAAACCACAUCCCAGAAUGAUUUACCAAUUUGUGUUGUCAAAACUGUGAAGAAGGCAGGCAAGAAGAAAGCAGGUGAGAAAAGGAUUGUCAAAACUGAAAUACAAGUGCCACAUCUUCUUGAUUUAUCUUCUGGGAAAACAUAUACAGAUCCACUACAGCAUGACAUAUUGAAAGGAGUUACUGAAAAUUUAGAUGCAAUCGUCGCAAAGGUUACCAAAUUGACUAAUCUCACACCUCUGCCCAAGCGACAAACAAAGUUGGCACCGAGUCAGCUAUUUCCGUUUGUUGGAAAUUCUACAGUGAAGCGCAUCAUUGCAGGUGUCACUCCAUCUGUCACCGCAUAUGACCCGUUUGCGGAGGUGGACAACAAUAAAAUUCAGAAGCUACUUCAUUUCCAACUGGAUACUGGGGAGAAACCUGAUGGAACCAACGACUCUAGUGUUGAAUUCUACAAGAUUAUUAUAACUCCGAGAGAUGCAUGGUCCACUGAUACAUAUGGGUGGUUGAAUAGUUCACAUAUGUGGUGUGCAAUGCAUAUUUUUCAUCAGCGAUCUCUAUGUGAGCCAUCUCCGUAUCACUCUCAACGGAUUGUUUUUUUGGACCAGUGGUUUGUCUACAAGCUAGUGCGUGAUUACAAAGAAUUUAACGCAAAAACGUGGACUGCGACAGAUAACUAUAAGGGUGCAUUCAACGGGACAUAUCCUGCAGACUCAGCGACAAACAAGAAAUGGCUUCACGAUGUUGAUCAUAUGUAUGCAUGCCAUUGUAUAAAUGGUAAUCACUGGGUUGCUUUCGACAUCGACAUUGGGAAGGAGAAUAUUCAUGUUUAUGACAACAUUUUGAAUUUAGUCGAGGAUGAUAAAGUCAUUCGAAACGAGUGUCGGCCGUUCGCGAUGAUGGUUCCUGCAAUUUUGAAUGCAAUGGUGCCUACUUGUGUUCGGAAGAGGAGUGAUAAACAAUUUGCGGUACGAAGACUUAGAAACGUCUCCCAGAACGAGAAACCCGGAGACUGUGGUGUGUAUGCUAUAAAGUACAUCGAAUGCCUUGCAAUUGGUUGUACUUUUGAAGGGGUGAAUGACAGAAACAUUCCACAACUACGAAAGAAGUUAGCGGCUGCAAUUUAUGAUGAGAUAGGACUACCGCGUAUGACACAUAGAUAA